UUGAAAAUAUAAAAAAACAAUGGCAAGUAUCAGUCUUUUAAAUCCAAAGGCUGAGAUAGCUCGUGCCGCACAAGCGUUAGCCAUCAACAUCACGGGAGCAAUGGGUCUGCAGCGCCUGAUGGCCACCAAUCUGGGACCUAAGGGUACCACUAAGAUGCUCAUCUCGCCGGCUGGUGACAUUAAGAUCACAAAGGAUGGUAAUGUGCUUCUGCAUGAGAUGAGCUUUUCUCAUCCAACGGCAGCAAUGAUUGCCCGUGCAAGCACCGCCCAGGACGCUGCCACUGGCGAUGGCACCACAUCGACUGUGGUGCUGAUUGGUGAGCUGCUCAAGCAGGCAGAGCUGCUGAUAGCGGAGGGACUGCAUCCCCGACUGCUCACCGAUGGUAUCAUGCGUGCCAAGGAUAAGGCCAUCAAGCUGCUGCAAUCGGUCUGCGUACCUGUGCAGAUUGAGAGGGAUAUACUUCUGGCUAUCGCACAGAGUAGUUUGAGGACCAAAGUGGAUGCGAGUCUGGCGGAUUUGCUGGCCAACAUUUGUGUGGAUGCCGUGCUGGCCAUUCGUCCCGAUGGGAGCCAUCUAUUAGAUCUGAAUAUGAUUGAGCUCAUGGAUAUGAGACAGUACACAACGAUGGACACAGAGCUGGUAGAUGGAUUAGUACUGGAUCAUGGUGGGAGACAUGCUAAUAUGCCAAACUAUUUGACAAAUGUUUAUAUACUCACAUGCAAUGUGUCCUUGGAGCUGGAGAAGACCAACGUGAACUCCAGUUUCUGUUACAACAAAGCUGAGAAUUGUGAAAAAUGCGUGGCGGAAGAGCAUCGUUUCAUUGAUCUGCGUGUUGCGAAGAUUAUCGAGCUGAAGCGCAAACUGUGCACAGAUAAUCAACGGGGUUUUGUUGUCAUCAACCAGAAGGGCAUCGAUAUUCCCUCACUGGAGGCACUCUCGGCAGCAGGCAUUCUCGCCCUGCGCCGUGCCAAGAGAGCGAAUUUGGAGCGUUUGAUUCGAGCCUGUGGCGGAGAUGCCCUGAAUUCCCUGGAAGAUCUAGGUGAGGAGCAUUUGGGCUAUGCUGGAUUGGUGUACGAAGAGCAUGUGGGCGAAACGAAGUAUACUUUUGUAAAGCAGUGUCGCAAUCCCACUUCGGUGACAAUUCUAAUUCGAGCUCCGACUGGUCAUCAAACGAACACCAUGAGGGAUGCCAUUCGGGAUGGACUUCAUGCCAUACAGAAUACCAUUGAAGAUGGCCUUUUGGUGCCCGGUGCAGGAGCCUUUGAGUUGCACGCUUUCAAUGAGCUGGUCAAGUUCAAAGAGUUGGUUAUGGGGAAGGCUCAGCUGGGUGUGCAAUUGUUUGCCGACUCUCUGCUCAUCAUACCCAAAACAUUGGCCAUCAACAGUGGUUUCGAUGUGCAGGACACCAUUGUGAAGCUGACAACGGCAGCCAAAGAAAGCAAGAAGUUAAUCGGACUGGAUUUAAUUACGGGUGAAUCAAUGCAUCCACAGGAUGAACGCAUCUUCGACAAUUACUGCGUGAAGAAAUUGAUACUCAACUCGUGCUCCGUCAUUGCGUGCAAUUUGCUCCUCACCGAUGAGAUUAUGCAGGCGGGCAUGACUAGCUUCAAGAAAUUGCCAAUAGUAUGAGGAAACACUCAUAAUUUUACUUUGACAACAUUACAAAUAAAUUAACAUUAUUAAAGAUUCAAAAAUUCAUAGCAUGUGCUGAGUAAAUUA